AUGAAGGCUCUGCUGCACGCUGCCGCCGUGAUACUGUUGCUGCUCCUCUUCAGACCAAAGUGCAUGCUGGCUGCAGUGUGCUAUAAAAAAACAAACAUGGAUCAUUUUAAAGAUGGCAACAUUGAGGACGCUCCUCUGCCUUACAUCAACACUUGCAACCAACACCUUUACUAUGUGCCACCAAAAUAUAAAAAAGACCCAGAAAUCGAUGUGGACAACGAGCAAAUAGGAGAACAACCUCUUCUA